UGAACCGAAACAGGGGAUUCAAAGAGCCUGUCAAUGAUGUUACAGUGUAGUAUUUCAUGUUGUGAUUUAAUGAGGUAAAGUUGGGAAAUAUUAGUAUUCGAGUUUUAUUAGAAGAAGCCUUAAACUCAUAGGUAUUAAUAGAUCCACAUAAGCGUUCGACUGAUUUGGACUUGUGAAUCAAUUCGAAAAGAACCGGUUCGAAAGAGCGAUUCGUUCACGAGUCGGACAUUCAGAGACGGAGAAGGCGGACAGGGAGCUUCGGUAUCUGCUGAUGAUGAGGAGGGAGAGUGAGAACAUGUACGCGACGGAAAACGGGCUGUCAUGAGGAUUUGUUUCCGCUUCAUGACGAUUUCUCCUCUUCAGAGUUAGAGAAGUUCUCCGUGCUGAUCUGAUGUCAUCAUGGAAGGCCAUUAUGUCACCAUUCACGGCCUUAACGUUACCCACAGUCCUCUGUCCACCCCAGCUAUGUCCAUCGACAGGCUCUUUCCUGCUCUGCUGGAGUGUUUCGGCAUCAUCCUGUGUGGUUACGUGGCCGGCCGAAUUGGGGUCAUCGGUGCCGGUCAGGUGAAAGGCCUGGGUAGUUUUGUGUCCUGCUUCGCUCUUCCUGCCCUCCUCUUUAAGAACAUGGUGCAGCUCCAGUUUGCGGACGUGGUGUGGUCUUUCCUGUGGAGUGUGUUGAUCGCGAAGGUGUGUGUGUUUGUGCUGGUGUGUAUUCUCACGCUGCUGGUGGCCGAUCCGGAGAGCAAAUACAGUAAAGCGGGGCUGUUCGCCAUCUUCGCCACUCAGAGUAAUGACUUCGCUCUGGGAUAUCCUAUAGUGGACGCUCUGUACCGCAGUUCUCACCCUGACUAUGGGCAGUACCUGUAUUUGGUGGCUCCAGUGUCUCUAAUGCUGCUGAACCCAGUGGGCUUUGCCCUGUGUGAGCUCCAGCGCUGGAGGCAAAGCCCUGACCACAACCACAGCAAACUGCACAUCAUCUCCACCGUUCUGCUACGGGUCAUUAAGAAUCCUAUCGUCUUUAUGGUUAUGUUUGGGAUUAUCUGUCACUUCCUGUUCGGUGGGCAUGUCCCUGCAUUGCUAGGGGAGUUUGUGGAUGGAUUGGCUGACUCAUUCGGGGGGGCUGCGCUCUUUUACCUGGGAUUGACGAUGGUGGGACAGAUGCACAAACUCACACGCUCCACUGGAGUCACCCUCAUACUGCUCAUCACAGCUAAACUGUUGAUGAUGCCGUUGAUGUGUAAGGACAUGUUGGAGCUUUUGGACGCAGGUAACUCUGGAAACAGAUCUGCAAACCACAGCAGUCUGUCUGAUUAUGCCUUCCUCUACGGGGUCUUCCCCACCGCUCCCAGCGUGGCCAUCUAUGCUGGACAGUACAACAUGCAGCUGGAGGUGGUGACCUCCGGCAUGGUCAUCAGCACCUUACUGUCUGCGCCCAUCAUGUACCUGUCGGCAUGGUUACUGACCAUUCCCUGGAUGGAGGCCAGACACCUAAUCUCAGAGCUACAGGAGGUCAGCUUCAACAUCAGCAUCAUCAGCCUCAUCGCCCUGGUGUGGACUAUUGCUGUCAUGCUACUCAGCAAGAAGUUCAAGAGACUGCCUCAUAUGUUUGCAACAAACCUUUUCCUCGCUCAGCUGUUGGUGUGUGUGUCGAUGAUUCUGUGGAGGUUUGUAGUUCAUCAGGAGAACAUGCUGGCACAGAUCCUCACCUUCACACUGCUGUACGGAUCUCUUUACAGCACCUAUCUGUGGACAGGUCUGUUAGCGUUUGCUCUGGCUCUGCUGAAGAAGAAUGAAAAGCUCAAAGUUCGACCCAUCAUCUUCAUCCUCCUGGGCUGGGGGGUUCCAUUUCUUAUUGUGGGAUUGCUGCUUGUUGUGGGUGAAAGAGAGAGUAACAUAACGGACUCCGCCUUCUUCUACGGCAAGUGGCAAAUUGUGAGCAGUUUGGGGGUGUUGAGCUGUAGUAUAUUGUUGGGUGGGGUGUCUCUCAUGGGGCUGAGUCAGAGUACUCAGGAGGAGCAGAGUUACCAGGCUUUGGAGCAGAGCUCCAUGUCUGGCACCACAGAGGACCUGAGGGACCCCCCACAGCCAGAGAACCAGAACUCAUCCGAGAGGGCAACAUCACAUGGCAGUCUGAAUAGAGAUCAUAGUGACCCCAUGCCUGAUAUGAUAUCUGACCGUCUGAAUGACUCACCAGCACCACCAUCAGCUCUUUGUGAAACGUCGAGCUGUGUGCGGGCGCAGGAGGAAAGGCAGGUGGCUCGGCAUGUGUUGCUCUGUCUGCUGCUCAUCGUCAGCCUGCUAGCAAACCUGUCCAGCUGUCUGUGGUGGCUUUUAAAUACUGAUCCUGGACGACUUUAUCUCGAGCUGCAGUUCUUCUGUGCUGUGGCCAAUUACGGACAGGGUUUCAUUUCGUUUGGCAUAUUUGGGCUGGAUGAGCAUCUCAUCAUUUUACCAUUUAAAAAGAGGCUGGCUGCAUUUUGUGGUGGCGGUCAGGAGGAAAGCUGUGGUUCAGCUGCUGUUCCUGAGGAGAUCCGACUGACCUGCACACAGUUUGUCCGCUACCACAAAAAUCAGUGUGUGCAGGACAUUGUGCGCAAGAGAAGUGGAUCAGCUGAAUCUCUCUCAGGUCCAGUGGGUGAAUCCUUGCUUUGAUCGACAGGUGUGCUGUUUUUUUUUUUGCUGGAUAGCAAGCUGACUGAUUGGCUGGUGCGGGUGGGUGUGGUCAGAAAUAGAGGUGUGGCCUUGCUCUGUAAGACUCAGCUGCAGCAGGGCGGAAUUAUCCAGCAUGUCACACCGCAGCUGGAUUUCUGUGAUGACAGCCAUUGGUUUUGCUUCUUGGACGAUGGGAUCAGACCAACCCGAACCCGCUGAGCAGAACUCGACUGUGAAUCAAACUGAGCUGUUUCGUCUACCACUGGAAAUUGUCGCAUGGCAUGCCAAACUUAAGGGGGAAUCAGGUCUCUCUCCGUGUCUUCUUUCAUUAAAACUCCUUUCACCAAGUGUGCAGAGGGCUACUGCAGAGCACAGACUGAAUGGGAUUGAAUGUAUGUGAAUGAAUAUUUAACAGUGUUACAUACUGUCAACCAAAACCUCGUAACUCCAGUUUUUACACCAUGUAAAAACGUCAGGUGCCCUUUGUGUGAACAGUUCAUGACCAAAGGACCAAUUAAAAUGGUACAGAUUUGUCUGGAACUGGAAUAAAAUUUCAUACAUUACAGUUAAAAGCCUCUUUUCGUUCCCCUUACAAAGUUAGGAGAUACGAGGUUUUGUUAUGAGAGUGACAGUAUCUUCACUUAAAGGGACGCUCUGGACAGACUAGGAAAACCCCUUUUGAUGAUUCUUAUGAUAUCUUGCAGGUGGGAGGAAUUUUUGUAUUGGAGUGGAUUUUUGAGGGUGGGCUGUUCCUUCACUAGCUAUCAAUUGUAGCAGGAUACUACAGCCAUAUGCAUCGCGGUCACAUAACAUGUCUAAGUAAAAGUUAGUUAACACAUCCUCUAUAGAGAACACACUUCUGCACAUUUUAAUGCACCAUACAAGUUUAUUUGCUAAAUUCAACAUAAUGGAACAUAAUAGAAAUUGUGUGCUAAAAACACCAAUUAAAAUUUGUUUCUCAUACAGGAUGUAUUAACUUAUUUUCAAUUAGAAAAUCAUCAUCAAAAUAUUUGACCAGUGGUGUUUAAACUUUUUGCAUAUGAUUGUUGGUAGUGAAUGUUAUUGCUAGGAAGCUAGAAAACACAUUUUAACCCCCUAAAAUCCCAGGUUUAUUACAUAAUAAGCCUUUUUAUUUAGUAACUACAUAGACUACAAUGCAAACUGCCUGAGCUAUUCUUAGGUUAUAAAAGUGUGUAGAAAAACCUGCCGGUGGUUCCUGGCCUUUUAAGAGCUUAAACAGCCUGCCCACCAAAAUCCUCCCUUUUAGACAUAUCAUGAGAAGGGCAGGGUUCCCGGUCUGGUCAGAGAGUCCCUUUAUAAUAUACUGUAUUUUUAGUUACUAAGCAGCACAAAGGUAUUAUCUAUGACUACUGAAUUGACCCC